GGUACGAGUACGAGACUAGAGAAAAAACAAACUUCUAGAAUAAAAAAAAAGGAAAACGGGAUUAGGGAGAUCGACGGGGAAGGAGAAUCGCGCUAGAUAAUCGGACGUGGGACGAGGCGUUCGGUACUUUCACACACACACAAAAAGAUUUGGUGUGCGCCGUCGCCGUCGAAUCAAAUCUAAAGCGAGAAGCAGCGCCCGGGUGCUUGGACUCUGAAUUUGGGAGCGAUGUCGUUCGCUUACAAGUUCAGGUACAUCGUCGUCGGCGACACAGGAGUUGGAAAGUCAUGCCUCCUGCUGCAGUUCACCGACAAGCGGUUCCAGCCCGUGCACGACCUGACCAUCGGCGUCGAAUUUGGGCAGCGGAUGGUCACCAUCGGCAAGAAGAAAAUAAAGCUUCAGAUCUGGGACACGGCAGGUCAGGAGGCUUUCAGGUCAAUCACAAAAUCCUACUACAGAGGUGCGGCCGCGGCUCUCCUGGUUUAUGACAUCACCAGGAGGGAAACCUUCAACCACGUCGCGAGCUGGCUGGAAGAAAUGAGGGAGCAGGCGGACGGCAACAACAACAUCACCAUCAUGCUGGUCGGAAACAAAUCAGAUUUAGGUCAGAGGCGGGCCGUCAGCACGGAAGAGGGCGAACAGUUCGCCAAGGAGAACGGCCUCGCCUUCAUGGAGACCUCGGCCAGGACCCGGCACAACGUGGAGGAGGCAUUCCUUCAGAGCACGUCCAUGGUGUACGAGAAGAUCCAGGAAGGCGCCAUCGAUCUCUCCAAGUGUAGUGGUGUCACGCCCGGAGUUGAUGAAUUAUGCAACCUUGACAGGGACACGCUGCCGUCUGGAGCCUAAGGCUGCUGCAGCAGCUGAGGGCUGAGCAUAACUUGGACGACACAGUUCCGUCUCUCAGAUGAUGUUUGAUACUAGUGCAAAUCUGUAGUAUAUAUGUAGAUCACUUGGCAGUUUAAAAUGAUGUAAAGCGUUUUACAGUCUUUCAAUGUUAUAUUUUUUCU